CUUGCAUCACAAUUAUUUCAUUUCUGAGGGGAAGUUAAAAGCAGCAACAGCAAUAAAAGCAGCGCAUUCUGCCAGAAAUUCUGCCUUUAUCUUCCAGAGCAGCAUCAACAGGCAUCUGUACCAUGACACUGCACUGCAUGCACCUUUUUCUCUUGCUUUUGCUUGGUUCAUGGUGGCCAGACUCAGAAAAAUAUGUGGUGGGAGCUGUGAAGGUCAGGGAGCAUUAUAUAGCUGCUCAGAUCACUAGCUGGACCUACAAACCGGAGUCUGAAGAAAAGUCCAGAUUAGAACAUUCAGAUCCUGUGUUUAAGAAAAUUUCUUACAGAGAAUAUGAAGUGGAUUUUAAAAGAGAAAAGCCAGCAAAUAUAUUUACAGGACUUCUGGGACCAACUUUGCGUGCUGAAGUGGGAGAUACUUUAGUAGUUCACCUGAAGAACAUGGCAGACAAGCCAGUCAGCAUUCACCCUCAAGGCAUAGUUUAUGACAAAAUUUCAGAAGGUUCCCUGUAUGAUGACAGAACAUCCUCUGUAGAAAAGCAAGAUGAUGCUGUACUUCCAGGCAAGAUCUACACCUAUGUGUGGGAUAUAACAGAAGAAGCUGGUCCAAAAGAAGCUGACCUUCCUUGUCUUACUUAUGCAUAUUAUUCCCAUGAGAAUAUGGCAAUGGAUUUUAACUCUGGUCUGAUUGGAGCACUGCUUAUCUGUAAGAAAGGAAGCCUAAAUGAGGAUGGGUCACAGAAACUUUUUGACAAGGAGUAUGUGCUGCUGUUUGGUGUGUUUGAUGAAAACAAGAGUUGGCAAAGAUCAGCAUCACUCAAAUACACAAUUAAUGGCUAUACUGAUGGAACAUUGCCAGAUUUAGAGGCCUGUGCCUAUGACAACAUCAGCUGGCAUUUCAUAGGAAUGAGUUCCAAGCCAGAGAUUUUUUCCAUUCAUGUCAAUGGCCAGUCCAUGGAGCAAAGACAUCACCGAAUUUCUACUGUGAACCUGGUGGGAGGAGCAUCAACCACUGUGAACAUGACAGUGAGUGAGGAAGGAAGGUGGCUGAUAUCUUCUCUUGUCCAAAAGCACCACCAAGCUGGAAUGCAUGGUUACCUCACUGUGAGAGACUGUGGGGACAAGGAGGUGAAGAAGAAUCGUCUCUCCUUUAAAGAACGUCUCAUGGUCAAAAACUGGGAGUAUUUCAUUGCUGCAGAAGAAGUUACUUGGGAUUAUGCCCCAAAUAUUCCAGACAGCCUUGAUAGACACUACAAAGCACAGCACUUGGACAACUUCUCAAAUCUCAUAGGUAAAAAGUAUAAAAAGGCUGUUUUUAGGCAAUACACUGAUGCCACCUUCACUAAACGUCUGGAAAAUCCUCGUCCCAAGGAAACUGGGAUCUUGGGUCCUAUUAUCAGAGCUCAACUCAAUGACAAAGUCAAAAUUGUGUUCAAAAACAAGGCCAGCCGACCCUACAGCAUUUACUUCCAUGGAGUGACACUUUCAAAGGAAGCAGAAGGAGCUGAUUAUCCUUUGGAUCCCACAAGCAAUGGCACCCAGAGUAAAGGAAUUGAACCAGGGAACACAUACACUUAUGAAUGGAAAAUUGCUAAAACAGACCAACCCACUGCAAAGGAUGCACAGUGUAUUACCAGGCUGUACCACAGUGCUGUGGAUGUUGAGAGAGAUAUAGCCUCUGGACUGAUUGGCCCACUUCUGAUUUGUAAAAGUGAAGCAUUGACCCAGAAGGGUGUGCAGAAAAAGGCAGAUGGGGAGCAGCAGGCAAUGUUUGCUGUGUUUGAUGAAAAUAAGAGCUGGUACAUAGAAGAUAACAUCAAGGACUACUGCAGCAACCCUUCCAGUGUUAAAAAGGAUGAUCCCAAAUUCUAUAACUCAAACGUAAUGCACACAAUAAAUGGCUACGUGUCUGACAGCAGUGAAAUCCUUGGAUUUUGCCAAGAUAACGUGGUUCAGUGGCACUUUUCCAGUGUUGGCACUCAUGAUGAGAUUGUCUCCGUUCGCCUUUCUGGGCACUCUUUUCUGUACCAAGGCAAAUAUGAAGAUGUCUUGAACCUUUUCCCAAUGAGUGGAGAAUCUGUCACAGUGGAAAUGGACAACGUUGGCACUUGGCUUUUAGCAUCCUGGGGUAGCCCAGAGAUGAGUUACGGCAUGAGGCUGAGAUUCAGAGAUGCCAAAUGUGACUAUGAGGAAGAUUACUCAUUUGAUGUCGUGGAUUUCACUUACACCAAGACUGACAAAAAGGCUGCUACCUUCUCAGCUGAAGAAGAUGUGCAAGAAGAAGGAGAUAAGGAGGAUUUGGAUUAUCAGGAUUACCUGGCUUCUUUUUACUCCAUCCGAAGCUCAAGGAAGUCAACAGGCAAUGAAGAAACAGAGAACCUUACAGCACUGGCCUGGGAACAGUAUGGAGGCACUGAUGCUUCUGGUUCUGAGGUGGCAGCUGGCUUGGAUCUGACAGCUAUAAAUAGUAGUGAGUCCACAAACACCUCUGAGUUCUUAGAAACUCCUAUCACUCCUCUUCCCCGAGUCGAGGCUGAAACAUUCCAGUCAAGUCAUGCUUCAGUCACAGCAGAAGAGGACUUAUUUUUAGCUAGGGCAAGUGAUGGAAAGGCUGAGCUGGUAUUUGAGAAUAGAAGCCAAAGGAAUCAUGAACUAGAUCACAGUAACUCCUCUGCAGGUGAACACCUGCUGAGCAAUGGGGAAAGCCAAACGAAUGUUGCAGAAGAGCUUCCAACUAAUGGAAAAGAGAGUAAAUUUUCUUCAGAAAAGCCUGAAGAGGAAAGCCCAGGAGGAGGAAAUUCUGAUAUUAACAGGAAAAGGAAAAAGAGAAACUCGCUGGCCGUUAAGUUUUACUCUGUGCAGCAGAUGAAUGCCCUUCUAAAUCAUGUAAGAAAUAAAAACCUCUCAGCUGCUGACAGGACAAGUGCACUUCAUUCUGGGUACCAGCCAGAGAACACAUCUGAGAUAGACAUGGUGGGAAGUGGGCAGCUUCCAAAUGGUUACAGUGAUGAACUGGAAGAGGAGGAAACCAAGCUGGAAAACGCUGUGCGUGCAGUAAACCUGACCCUUGCUUUGGACCUUGUUGUGGAAGAUGGGUCUAAUGCAUCCAGCCUCUCUGAACCCAAGCUAUCCAAAGAUAAACAAGCAGACACUUUCUCUGUAGGUAAUACCUUAGACAAUAUAACCCCUAAUUCCAACCCUGCACUAGUGAAGAACUUACUAGAAGCACCGUUGCCCAGGGCUGGGAAAUAUUCAUCUAAAAUGACAAACGAGGAAUGGAAUUUGGUGUCUGCAAAGGAGAGUCUGGAUUUAGAGACAAAUUUGGAUAAACCUGUUAGUGGUAAGUUAAAUCAUCACAGCAGAAAUGGUACAGCAUUCACUAAUAAGAAGCCUAGGAAGACAUAUCAAGAGUUGUCACAUCUAAUGGGAGAAAAACAGAAAGGGAGCCACACACACCCAGCUCUGAAAGCAAAGGAAGGGAACAAGAAUGAUACUUUGAGUACAUCUGGAACCCUCAUCAAGAUCCGAAGGAAAAAAAAGGAAUAUCCAAAAAUGGCUCCUUUGCUGAGCCCAAGAAGUAAAAAACCUUCCAGAAUGACCAAUCCUAUGGCAGGGGUUGGCCGGACGUUGUUCCUGGGUGAGACCAACCACACAACGCUGCCGUGCUGCACUAACACCACAGGGGCACCCAAAGAGGUCAACCAGACAGUGGAUCUGAGCAGAGCCAGGCAUGGAGAGUCACCAAAUGACACACUCACCCCCAGGCACCUGAAACCAUCCAUCACCAUUGGGCUUCCCCAAGAAAAUGGAGGCUAUGAGUAUGUCAUGGAAGGUUAUUACACGGAGGAAACGUCGGGUGGGGAAUACGAGUACCAUUAUGUGAACUUUGAUGACCCAUACUUGACAGACCCAAAAGUGAACAUCAACGAGCAACGUAACCCAGAAAACAUUGCUGAGCAUUACCUGAGGAGCAAAGGGAAUGAAAGGAGAUAUUAUAUUGCAGCUAAAGAGGUCUGCUGGAACUACGCGGGGUAUAAGAAAAGUACAAUGCUGAAUGACAAAACCUGUAAAGAUGGCACCACGUCUAAGGUGAUUUUCCAGAGCUAUACAGACAGUACCUUUACAACUCUUCAGGAUGAAGAUGAGUAUGAAGAACACCUUGGCAUCCUGGGGCCAGUCAUCCGGGCUGAAGUGGACGACGUUAUCCUAGUUUAUUUUAAGAAUCUGGCAUCCAGACCAUAUUCCCUCCAUGCUCAUGGGCUCUUCUAUGAAAAGUCCUCUGAGGGAAGCAUUUAUGAUGAUGAAUCUACUGCUUGGUUUAAGGAAGAUGAUGCAGUUCAGCCCAACAGCAGCUAUAUCUACGUGUGGUAUGCAAACAGGAGAUCAGGACCUGUGCAGUCAGGAGCAGUCUGUCGGUCCUGGAUCUACUACUCUGACUUAAAUCUGGAGAAAGAUAUUAAUUCUGGAUUGAUUGGGCCAAUACUGAUCUGUCAAAAAGGAACCUUCAGUAACUCCAACAGCAGGACACCGACUCGAGACUUCUUCCUGCUUUUUAUGGUCUUUGAUGAAGAGAAAAGCUGGUACUUUGACAAACCUAGAAGGCCUUGUGCUGCCAAGAGCCAGGAUAUGCAGCAGUGCCACAAAUUCUAUGCCAUUAAUGGGAUUACCUACAAUUUGCAAGGCUUGAGGAUGUAUGAAGGUGAACUGGUCCGAUGGCAUUUGCUGAACAUGGGUGGGCCAAAAGACAUUCAUGUGGUUCAUUUUCAUGGACAGACCUUCACAGAACAAGGAGAACCAAAGCAUCAGCUUGGUACAUACACACUCCUCCCAGGCUCAUUUAGAACAAUUGAAAUGAAACCCCAGAGACCUGGCUGGUGGCUUUUAGACACUGAAGUGGGGGAAUAUCAGCAAGCAGCAUCCUAUUUGGUUAUAGAGAAAGGGUGCAGGAGUCCAAUGGGUCUAGCAAGUGGAGUUAUCCUUGAUUCCCAAAUUGAUGCCUCACACCAUAUAGACUAUUGGGAACCUAAAUUAGCCAGAUUAAACAAUUCUGGAACAUACAAUGCUUGGAGCACUACAAUGAAAAAAGAAGAACUCCCUUGGAUCCAGGUGGACUUUCAAAGACAAGUGCUGUUAACUGGGAUACAAACACAGGGAGCCAAGCAGUUUUUGAAGUCCUUGUAUGUCCAGAAGUUCUUUAUUGUUUACAGCAAGGACAAAAGAAAGUGGAGCACCUUCAGAGGAGACAGCUUUGCAGCACAAAAGAUUUUUGAAGGUAAUUCCGACGCCUAUGGGAUAAAAGAAAACAUCUUUGACCCACCUAUUAUUGCUAGGUACCUCAGAGUCUACCCAACUGAGGCCUACAGCAGGCCUACCCUUCGCAUGGAGCUGCUGGGCUGUGAGCUAGAUGGUUGCUCUUUGCCACUUGGAAUGGAGAAUGGAGAGAUCAAGAACUCCCAGCUGACAGCCUCCUCUGUGAAGAGCUCCUGGUUCAGCACGUGGGAGCCCUCGCUCGCCCGCCUCAAUCGCGACGGGAAGGUGAACGCCUGGAGAGCCAAGUUGAACAACAACCAACAGUGGCUGCAAAUUGAUCUCCUCACAAUGAAGAAGAUAACUGCUAUAACCACCCAGGGUGCCAAGUCCUUAACUGCUGAGAACUUUGUGAAGACCUACAUUAUCCUCUACAGUGAGCAGGGCUCAGAGUGGAAAUCCUACACAGAUGGUUCAAGCUCAGAGGCAAAGGUUUUCUCAGGUAAUGAGGACAGCAGUGGGCACGUGAAGCAUUUCUUCAACCCCCCCAUCCUGUCCAGGUUCAUCCGCGUCGUCCCGAGGACGUGGUCUCAUGGUAUUGCCCUUAGGGUAGAACUCUAUGGCUGUGAUUUUGGGGGGGGUCUGGCUGUGAGAAGGACUGACAGGUCUGGGAGCUCUUAA